AUGGCAGAAGCUUCUUUAUCAUCUCAGGAUCAUUUCAGCUGUGCAGUCUGUCUGGAUCUCCUGAAGGAUCCAGUGACUGUUCCCUGUGGACACAGUUACUGCAUGAGCUGUAUUAAGGGAUGCUGGGAUCAGGACGAUCAGAGAAGAGUCUACAGCUGCCCCCGGUGUAGACAGACCUUCACUCCAAGACCUGUUCUGAGGAAAAACGUCAUGCUGGCUGGACUGGCUGAGCAAAAGAGGAUGACUCAAGUCCAGGUUGCUCCUCCUGCUGUCUGUUAUGCUGGACCUGGAGAUGUGGAGUGUGACAUCUGCACUGGGAGAAAACUCAAAGCCGUCAAAUCCUGUCUGACGUGUCUGGCUUCAUUUUGUGAAACUCACCUCCAGACUCACUAUGAAUCUCCUGCCUACAAGAAACACAAGCUGGUCAAAGCCUCCACACAACUACAGGACAGGAUCUGUUCUCAACAUGACAAACUGAUGGAGAUUUACUGUCACACUGACCAAAAAAUGAUCUGUUAUAUGUGUACAAUGGAUGAACACAAAGGUCAUGAUACAGUCUCAGCAGCAGCUGAAAGGACUGAGAAACAGAGACAGUUGGGAAAGACCCCCAAAAAUUACCAGCAGAGAAUCCAGGAGAGAGAGAAGGAGCUGCAGGAGCUGAAACAGGCUGUGAAGUCUCUCAGGAUCUCUGCACAGACAGCAGUGGAGGACAGUGAGAGGAUCUUUACUGAGAUGAUUGAGUCCAUUGAGAGAAGACGCUCUGAGGUGACAGAUCAGAUCAGAACUAAGGAGAAGGAUGAAUUAAGACUGGCUGAAGAUCACAUAAAGAAAGUGGAGCAGGAGAUUGCUGAGCUGAGGAAGAGAGACACUGAGCUGGAGCAGCUUUCACACACAGAGGAUGACAUCCAUUUCCUCCAGAGUUUCCAGUCUCUAUCUGUUCAUUCUGGACAUAAAAAGUUACCCAGCAUGACUGUCAAUCCAGUCUUCUCUUUUGAGGAUGUGAAGAAAUCUGUCUCUGAGAUGAGAAAGAGACUAGAAGAAUUCCUCAGCAAGGAGACUCUCAUGAUUUCAGAAAAAGCUACAACAGACCUGCUUUCCUUACCUACUGAGCCCAAGACCAGAGAGGACUUUUUACAAUGUUCCUGCAAUCUCACACUGGAUCCCAACACAGUACAUAAGCUCCUACGUCUGUCUGAGGGGAACAGAAAGGUGAAAUGGACCAAAAAAGUUCAAUCAUAUCCUGAUCAUCGGGAUAGAUUUGAUCGGUGCUUACAGGUUUUGUCUAGAGAGAGUCUUACUGGACACUGUUACUGGGAGGUUGAGUGGAGUGGUUUGGUUUCUAUAGCAGUGUCAUAUAAAGACGUCAGCAGGAAAGGAAAAGGUGAUGAGAGUAGGUUUGGACGCAAUAAUCAGUCCUGGAGUUUGGUCUGUUAUGGGUCCAGUUAUGCUUUCAGGCACAAUGAUAAUAAGACUAAAAUCCCAAUAGUUCCCAGCAGUUCCAGAAUAGGAGUGUAUCUGGACCACAGGGCAGGAACUCUGUCCUUCUACAGCGUCUCUGACACAAUGACCCUCAUCCACAGAGUCCACACCACAUUCACUCAGCCUCUCUAUGCUGGAUUUGAGGCUGUUAAGUUAUCAGCUGUCCAGAUCUGCAGUUAA